CUUCCGUUUCCGUCGACACUAAUCUCCGCCUUUUGUUAAAUGAACGUCUUCUGAUCUUCGGAGGGAUUUACUGUUACCGGAAAGCUGAAUAAACGAGAUUAGGUACUCCUGGUGGAAACUGCAAUGGAAGAGCUUACUAAACUUGAGUACCUUUCCUUGGUCUCCAAAGUUUGCACAGAGCUAGAUAAUCACUUGGGAAUCAAUGAUAAAGAUUUAGCUGAAUUUGUGAUCAACAUUGCAGAAAAGGCCAAUACUUUUGAGUCUUUUAAAUCGGCUUUAGAGGAAAAUGGAGCAGAGUUCACAGAUUCUCUCAUUGGCAAUUUGUUGCGUUUGAUUCAGACCAUGAGACCUUCUGCAAAGCCCUCCACAAGCCAAGAACUUCAUGUUAAACCCAAAUCUGCAAAGGAAAAAAUGAGAGAGUUAUUUCCAGCACUCUGUCGGCCAGAUAAUCCCAGCAUACAGAAUAUGCUCGAUCCAGAGGAUGUUAAAGUGGCGGCCGACGCACUGCAAGAGUUUGAAGCUCUAAUGCCAAAUACUUUAGGGGAUGAUGAGGAACGAAGCAGAAAACACAAAGAUAAGAGAAAAAGGAAGGGGCGCAGUCGAAGCCGGGAAAAAAAUCCAAAAAGUAAACACAGGUCCCAAGAUCACAAGAGACUUAAGUCCAGGCAUAGGUCAAAAAGUCGUAGCACCAGCAAGGAACGUUGGAGCCAUGAACAGCCUUCUGAAAAAAAAGAUCAACGGAGAGAGAAACAAGUGGAUAGACCACCCCCCGAUGAGCCAGCAAUAGGAGAUAUUUACAAUGGAAAAGUCACAAAUAUCAUGCAGUUUGGAUGCUUCGUUCAGCUGGAUGGGCUAAGAAAGCGCUGGGAAGGCUUGGUCCACAUAUCUGAACUGAGAAGAGAAGGCCGUGUUGCAAAUGUGGCUGAUGUAGUAAGCAAAGGUCAAAGGGUAAAGGUGAAGGUACUGUCCUUCACAGGAUGCAAAACCAGCCUCAGCAUGAAGGAUGUCGAUCAAGAAACCGGAGAGGAUCUGAAUCCAAAUAGACGAAGGAACCUCAUGACAGAAAAUGAUGAGGCAUCAAUGAGGAAUCCUGACAGACCUAGCCACCUUUCCUUGGUAAAUGCCCCUGAAGUUGAAGAUGAUACUUUGGAAAGAAAACGCCUGACGAAAAUCUCUGAUCCUGAAAAAUGGGAAAUUAAGCAGAUGAUUGCAGCGAAUGUGCUCUCUAAAGAGGAAUUUCCUGAUUUUGAUGAAGAGACAGGGAUUCUUCCAAAAGUGGAUGAUGAGGAAGAUGAGGAUCUUGAAAUUGAAUUGGUAGAAGAAGAGCCUCCAUUUCUCAGAGGGCACACAAAACAAAGCAUGGACAUGAGCCCGAUUAAAAUAGUGAAGAAUCCUGAUGGAUCCCUCUCUCAGGCUGCCAUGAUGCAGAGUGCGCUAGCUAAGGAACGAAGAGAAAUGAAGCAAGCACAGCGGGAAGCAGAGAUGGACUCCAUUCCUAUGGGGCUAAACAAGCACUGGGUUGAUCCACUACCUGAUGUUGAUGGGAGGCAAAUUGCUGCCAACAUGAGGGGUAUAGGAAUGAUGCCAAAUGACAUUCCAGAGUGGAAGAAACAUGCUUUUGGUGGAAACAAAGCAUCAUAUGGGAAAAAGACACAGAUGUCCAUCCUUGAGCAGAGAGAAAGCCUUCCUAUAUACAAGCUUAAGGAGCAGCUGGUCCAGGCUGUUCAUGACAAUCAGAUCCUCAUUGUUAUUGGAGAGACGGGCUCUGGAAAAACCACUCAGAUUACCCAAUAUCUGGCUGAAGCUGGCUAUACAACUAGAGGGAAGAUUGGCUGUACCCAACCUAGGAGAGUGGCAGCAAUGUCUGUUGCUAAAAGAGUAUCUGAAGAAUAUGGUUGCUGUCUAGGUCAGGAGGUUGGAUAUACAAUUCGAUUUGAGGACUGCACAAGCCCAGAAACGGUCAUAAAAUACAUGACAGAUGGUAUGUUAUUGAGGGAGUGUCUGAUCGACCCUGAUCUGACACAGUAUGCUAUUAUCAUGUUGGAUGAAGCCCAUGAAAGGACAAUCCAUACAGAUGUGCUUUUUGGACUCCUGAAGAAGACUGUACAGAAAAGGCCUGAUAUGAAACUUAUUGUGACAUCUGCAACUCUGGAUGCUGUGAAAUUCUCUCAGUAUUUCUACGAAGCGCCAAUUUUCACUAUUCCAGGUCGAACUUAUCCAGUAGAGAUUUUGUACACAAAGGAACCUGAGACAGACUACUUGGAUGCAAGCCUCAUCACUGUUAUGCAGAUUCAUUUGACAGAACCCCCAGGUGACAUUUUGGUUUUCUUGACUGGUCAAGAAGAAAUUGACACUGCUUGUGAAAUCCUGUAUGAGAGAAUGAAAUCUCUUGGGCCAGAUGUACCUGAGCUGAUCAUUCUACCAGUUUAUUCUGCAUUACCCAGUGAAAUGCAGACAAGAAUCUUUGAUCCAGCUCCACCAGGAAGUAGAAAGGUUGUUAUAGCCACUAACAUAGCAGAGACAUCCCUCACUAUUGAUGGUAUUUACUAUGUAGUAGACCCAGGAUUUGUGAAGCAGAAAGUUUACAAUUCCAAGACUGGUAUCGAUCAGCUUGUUGUAACUCCAAUCUCACAGGCACAAGCCAAACAGCGAGCUGGAAGAGCUGGAAGAACAGGUCCUGGGAAGUGUUACAGGCUCUACACUGAGCGUGCUUACAGAGAUGAGAUGCUGACCACAAAUGUUCCUGAAAUUCAGAGAACUAACUUGGCCAGCACAGUAUUGUCUCUCAAGGCCAUGGGCAUCAAUGAUUUGCUGUCGUUUGACUUUAUGGAUGCUCCCCCAAUGGAAACUUUAAUCACUGCAAUGGAGCAGCUAUAUACCCUUGGUGCUUUAGAUGACGAAGGAUUGCUCACAAGAUUGGGACGCAGGAUGGCAGAAUUUCCCUUGGAGCCCAUGUUAUGUAAAAUGCUCAUUAUGUCAGUACAUCUCGGUUGCAGUGAGGAGAUGUUAACAAUCGUUUCAAUGUUGUCUGUUCAAAAUGUGUUCUACCGUCCCAAGGACAAACAAGCUCUUGCAGACCAAAAGAAGGCGAAAUUCCACCAGACUGAAGGGGAUCAUUUAACUCUGCUUGCAGUAUAUAACUCCUGGAAGAAUAACAAGUUUUCCAACCCUUGGUGCUAUGAAAAUUUCAUUCAGGCCCGAUCUUUGCGGAGAGCUCAGGAUAUCCGCAAACAGAUGUUGGGCAUUAUGGAUCGACAUAAACUGGAUGUUGUAUCCUGCGGAAAAGCUACUGUGAGGGUACAGAAAGCUAUAUGUAGUGGUUUCUUCCGAAAUGCUGCAAAGAAGGACCCUCAGGAAGGUUACAGGACCCUCAUAGACCAACAAGUGGUUUACAUUCAUCCCUCCAGUGCUCUUUUCAACAGACAACCAGAAUGGGUUGUUUACCAUGAGCUUGUCCUAACUACCAAGGAAUACAUGCGUGAAGUAACCACCAUAGAUCCACGGUGGCUGGUGGAGUUUGCACCAGCGUUCUUCAAAGUAUCUGAUCCAACCAAGCUCAGUAAGCAAAAGAAGCAACAACGAUUGGAGCCUCUUUACAAUCGCUACGAAGAACCUAAUGCCUGGAGAAUUUCUCGGGCAUUCAGACGUCGAUGAUUUGCCUUCAGACAGAAAAUGUAGUUUAUGGGUUUUGUUUAAUGUAAAGUGCAAAAAUAUCGUCUUAUAAUGUACAUACUCGUCCUUUGGCUGCAGCAUGGACCCUUCUGUGCCUUAUCAGGGUAUCCAUUUAUGACUAUUACAUAUACACUAUAUGGACAAAAGUAUUGGGACACCUGAGCAUUGUAGCAACAGGGAUGUUUUUAUGGCAUUGCAUUCUAAAUACAUAGACAUUAAUAAGUAGUUGGUUCCCCCUUUGCAACUAUAGCAGCUUCCAAUCUUCUGUGAUAGCUUUCCAGAAGGUUUUCUAGUGUUUCUGUGGAGAUUUUUGCCCAUUCAUCCACUAGAGCAUUUGUGUGGUUAGGCACUGAUGGGCAAGAAGGCCUGGCCGUUCCAGUUCACCACAAAGAUGUUCGAUGGGGUUGAGGUCAGGGCUCUGUAUGGGCCAGUCAAGUUCUUCCACACCAAGCUUAUCCAACCAUGUCUUUAUGGACCUUGCUUUGUGCACUGGGGACAUUCAUGCUGGAAUAGAAAAGGGCCUUGCGCAAACUGUUCGCACAAAGUUGGAAGUGUAGCAUUGUCCAAAAUAUCUUGUUAUGCUGAAGGACAUACCAAGACAUUUUGGAAAAUGCUAUGCUUCCAACUUUUCAGGAAGAGUUUGGGUGAUGCCCUUUUCUAUUCCAGGAUGACUGUGCCCCAGUGCACAAAGAAAGGUCAAUAAAGACAUGGUUAGAUGAGUUUAGUGUGGAACCUCCACCACAACACCUUUGUCAUGAACUGCAAUGUAGACUGAGAGCCAGGCCUUCUUGCCCAACAUCAGUGCCUGACCUCAUAAGUUAACUGGAUGAAUGGGCAACUAUUCCCACAGAAACACUCUUAACAUCUUAUGGAAAGCUUUCCCAGAAGAGUGGACGCUGUUAUAAGUGCAAAGGGGGAACCACUACAUAUUAAUGUCUAUUUAUUUAGAAUACAAUGUCAUAAAAGUCCCUUUUGGUGUAAUGUCCAAUUACUUUUGUCCAUAUAGUAUACAUGGACGUAAAGGAAGAACUAGGAUCUGCGCAUCCUUUUCUAACUUUUUUUUUAUCAAUUUGUGUUAAGGUUUAAAAAUAAAACUUAAAAAUAAAACAAACUUUUAAAUA